AGGCCCACCGCCACGAGGUAGAAGUACCCCGCGGCAGCCGCAGCCAUGCUAUUGCGUCGAGUCCUCCAAGCCGGCAGCGCGCUCCUCCACUCGCCUCCGCCAACGUCCACGUCCUGCCGCUGCCUCUCCGCCAUGGCGCCCCCAGCCAAAGUCAUCUACAUGGCCAAGAAGUUCGCCGGCGAGCCCAAGCCCAGCGACUUCCAGAUCAAGGAGGAGCCCCUGCCCGAUCUGAAGGAAGGCGAAAUCCUUGUCGAGGCAGAAUGGAUGAGCGUGGAUCCGUACAUGAGGGCGUACAUGGACCGCUACCCCGCUGGUACUAAGAUGAUUGGCGGGCAAGUUGGAAAGGUCCUACAGUCCAAGCACAAGGAGUACAAGGUCGGGGAUGCGGUGGUCGGCUACCUGGGUUGGUCGUCGCGCUCCGUGGUCCACGUGGACAGCACCAAGGGUGACAUGACCAGGGGCGACGUCGAGAAGGUCCGCCACUCGGACAUGCCGCUGUCGUACGCCCUGGGCGCCCUGGGCAUGCCGGGCGCCACCGCCUACUUCGGCCUCCUGGAGCUCUGUCAGCCCAAGGAGGGCGAGACCGUGGUUGUGAACGGCGCUGCCGGGGCCGUCGGCAUGCUCGUGGGGCAGAUUGCCAAAGUCAAGGGUUGCAAAGUGAUCGGUUUUGCCGGUUCGGACGCCAAAGUGGAGUGGCUGAAGAAAACCCUAGGGUUCGACUUCGCCUACAACUACAAGACCUGCAACAUCGCGAACGCGCUCAAGGAGUCGGCUCCGAACGGCGUCGACUGCUACUUCGACAACGUCGGUGGUGAGUUCAGCAGCAUCGUUCUGUCGAAGAUGAACCUCUUCGGCCGUAUAGCAGUGUGUGGUGCCAUCGCCUCGUACAACGCCGACAUGGCCAACCCACCCCAGGCACCCGUUAUCCAGGGCUCGAUGGUGUUCAAGCAGCUGAAGAUGGAGGGCUUCGUCGUGAGCAGGUGGCGGUCGCGUUUCCCUGAGGCGUACGAUCAGAUGCACAAGUGGAUCAAGGAGGGCAAGCUCAAGGUGCAGGAGCACGUCUAUGAGGGCUUCGAGAACAUGCCCAACGCCCUCAUCGGCAUGCUGCGGGGGGAGAACACGGGCAAGGCGGUGGUCAAGGUGUCCAAGCUGUGAGCGCCGCGCGACCCGGUGGGUCACCCCCACCAAAUACGUACAAAACAACUGCUGUGAUAUCUGUUCAUCCAUUCGUUCAUACUGUGUUCAUGAAAAUAUAAAACCGACUUUCUGCUCUGCCA